ACUAAUACUAGAUUGUCAUUCACAUUCUAGCUACUCCAAUGGCUUCAAUGGGUGGGAUACAAGAAAAUGAAGAUGAAAAACUAAUUCUCUCCCUUCCCAAAGAGAAACCUUGGGCACAACCCUAUGAUCUUUAUCUAUUCCAAAAUUUUUGGUGCCCGGGAAUUCAUAUUCAAGCAGUAAAUCGUUUUCAAAAAUACUUUGAAGCAGUAAAAGAUAGCGAUGUUGUGGUUGCUAGCUUUCCAAAAUCAGGCACUAUAUGGAUAAAAGCCCUUACUUUUUCCAUUGCCAACCACCAUCGUUUCCCCUCUUUAGAGAACCAUCCAUUACUCACUACAAAUCCUCAUGAACUUGUGCCUUUCCUUGAAUUUUCAUUUGGUGGUAAUAUUCAAGACCAAAUUCUUCACCUAUCCAACAUGACUGAGCCAAGAAUUUUUGGUACGCAUACUCCAUUCACUUCAUUACCCAAGUCAAUCAAGGAGUCUAAUUGCAAGCUAGUUUAUAUUUGUAGGGAUCCCUUUGACAAUUUUGUUUCUGCAUGGAAUUACUUUAAUAAGGUUAAGCCAAUGUCUCUUCCUGCAUUGACAAUGGAAGAAGCUUUUGAAAAGUAUUGCAAUGGGAUAAUGGAUUAUGGUCCAUGGUGGAGUCAUAUGUUAGGUUAUUGGAAUGAGAGCAUAGCCAACCCAAACAAAGUUUUGUUUUUGAAGUAUGAGGAUCUCAAAGAGGACACAAACUUCCAUGUCAAAAGAAUUGCAGAGUUCUUGGGUUGUCCUUUCACUCAAAAAGAGGAGAGUAGUGGAGUAAUUCAAAGCAUAAUCAAGCUCUGUAGUUUUGAGAAUAUGAAGGAUUUGGAAGUGAAUAAGUCAGGAAAAAUAGGGAGAGGAGGCAUUGAGAAAAAAGACUUUUUCCGCAAGGGAGAGAAAGGAGAUUGGGUAAACUACUUUACCCCUUCUAUGCAAGAAAAGUUAUCUGCAAUCGUGGAAGAAAAAUUAAGUGGAUCAGGUCUAUCAUUUAAAAAGUGUUCUUAAAAUUGCUUGCUAGUCGAUGAUCAACUCAUCCCCAAUGACCAAACAUAUAGCUGUGAUUUGUGCUACCUAUGUUAUUGUUGUUUUUUUUUUCUUAAAUAAAUUCAAGGUGCCAUUCUAGAGAUAUGGGGCUACCUUUAGUGUAAUAAUCCACAUUCAAUCGAAUGAAAAAUAUGUGUUAAUGGUUCUAUUCA